UUAACUACAAUAUAUAUACGUGUAUAUACCAAUUCCUAGGAAACAGGUAUUUAAGGAUGCUGAAAGGGAGAUGGAUAUUGUAUAAACCAACACAUGUUAUCAUCCGAGUUUUCUGAGUAGUUCCACAGAUCUUUUUUAAGCUAUUGUCAUAGCAGACAUGGGCACUCCCAUUGAGGGUACGUAGGGAACAAAAUUCUGCCAAUAUGCUUUGUCUUGAAAAUGCCGACUUGAUCUUCCGUUUGAUUGGAACAGCCAAAUAAAGGUCUUGUAUGUGGCAAAAACAAAAGCGGAAGUCCCCACAAGUGCAGCUAAAACAGGCAGCUUUCUCAAGGUCCCCAACUAAAAUAUUACCAAAUAAUGCAACCAGGAAUACAAAUUAACUUAUUUGUCAUGAACUUCUGAGACAUUUUUUAGCAAUUUUAGGCAAUAACUGAUAAUGAAGCAGUACUGGGCAUGGCAGCCACUCUCAUGGCUUGUCCAGUAUAGUGAAGAUGGUGAUCAAGAAAAAUACAAUUAGGAGGAAUCUGUAAACAAAUAUGAUUCUGGAAAGGUAGACCUUGCAAAAGAACAUGGUAUAAUUUAUAUUUAAUUGGCAAACCAAAAAGAGAAUGAGUGGAAAAGAAAAAAAAAAGUUUGAACUUUAAAUUAAAAGUCGAUGACUAAGGAAUAGAUUUAUUUAAGAGAUCAUGAUGGGAACCUAGUUCUCAGAAACCCCCCAUAUGCUUCCACAUUUCCUUGUCAGUGACAUGUGGAUCCAGAUUCUUCAAGUUGGCUUGUCAACCAAAUAUUCAAUAAAAAAAAGUGACCUUACAUUGUUAAUCGUGACAUUUAUAGUCUCCCAUUGGCUACAACUUACCUAAGGUACCACUAAUGUAUGAAAAGUAGAUCAUUGCAAGCUGAGCAGCUGGUUGGUUCAUCAGUUCAUUGGCUUCCUAAAAAGGCUCCUGGACUGUUCCUGCUACAUUUUUCUCAUCAAUUUUCUCAAAGUACAAUCUAAGCCUCCUACUGGAGAGAAGGACAUACUGCUGCUUUCUAUAAAAUUAGGCAUCAGUUGUGGAUGAUGUCUGCUCCGAGCAACUCCAGGCUCCAUGACCAGAUACAGAUUUGACCACGCCACCAUGUCAGUCCUUCCAAAUCACCAUCUUGUUAAUGAUUUUCAACUGUAUCAUGAAUCUGUACAUCCACAACAACCACUGUUUCCAACAAAUGCACACGCUUCAAGUAGUGAUGCAGCAUCACAUUCAGGCUCAAGCCCUGAAGCAGAUUCCCUCGAUAAUAGUGAGUUCUCCAAUGCUAUUCUCAAGUACAUAAGCGAUAUGCUUAUGGAAGAAGAACUAGAGGGCAAGAACUGCAUGCUGCAGGACGGUUUAGCCCUCCAAGCUGCUGAGAAAUCUUUCUAUGAUGUUCUUGGCCAGAAAUAUCCUCCUUCGUCAGAUCAGUCGUCUGGCUUUGAUCAAAACAUUCACAGCCUAGACAGUGGUUUCACUUGGAGUGCCAAUAGUGAUAGCAGCAAUACUUUCACAACCUCCAUCCACUUAGCUGAAUCAAGUUGGAUUUUUUACCAAGCUGAAUUUGAAUUGUCUCAUGUAAAUACCCUCCAGGUGCCAGAUUUAUGUAGGGAGUCAAUUUCAAAUGCUAGUUCUUUGAUUCUACCAGAGUCUCCAAAUGCAAGGGAUUCUCACUCAGUAAAAGAUUGGAGGGAGAGAAAACAUCAUCAGCUUGAGGAAAACGCCUAUUUAGAAGGGAGAAGCAACAAGCAUUCUGCAUUUUCAAAUGAAAAGCCGGAGGUAACAGAGAUAUUUGAUGAGGUGUUGCUUGGUCAGGCAGGAAAGAAUGAUCGUGGAUCACUUGCUCUUCAAAAUGAUGGAAAGUUGAAGAAUGAUGGACAGAAGAAAGGUAAAAAAGCUCGGUCAAAGAAACGUGGUGGUAAAAAGGAAGUGGUAGAUUUGUGGAGUCUCCUGCCUCAAUGUGCACAAGCUGUGGCUAACAAUGACCAAAGGGCUGCAAAGGAACUGCUAAGGCAGGUAAGGCAAUAUUCUUCCCCUUUUGGUGAUGGAAACCAAAGAUUGGCACAUUUCUUCGUAAAUGGCUUGGAGGCACGGUUGGCCGGCACAGGGACGCCCGGAUAUACGCCUGUCGUCAGUAGUACAACAUCAGCUGCUGAUAUGCUAAAAGCUUAUCACGCAUAUAUCACUGCCUGCCCUUUCCAGACAAUGUCGUACCUUUAUGCUAGUCAUACUAUCAUGAAAUUAGCAGAGAAAGUGAGCAGGCUUCACAUUAUUGAUUUUGGCAUUCUCUAUGGCUUUCAAUGGCCUUCCCUUAUUGAGCGUCUCUCAACAAGGAUUGGCGGACCUCCAAAGUUGUGUAUUACAGGAAUUGAGUUUCCUCAACCAGGCUUUAGGCCUUUACAAAGGGUUGAAGAAACAGGUCGUCGCUUAAGAAAAUAUUGUGAGAGAUUCAAUGUCCCAUUUGAGUACAAUCCCAUAGCUCAGAAAUGGGAAACUAUCCAAUAUGAAGAUUUGAAGAUAGACAGAAAUGAAAUGAUUGUUGUUAACUGUUUGUAUCGGUUAAAGAACCUCCCUGAUGACACAAUGGUAACCAACAGCGUGAGAGACAUUGUUCUGAAACUAAUGAGAAGAAUUAAUCCAGAUAUCUUCAUCCAUGGAGUAGUUAAUGGCACUUACAAUGCACCCUUCUUUGUGACACGCUUUCGAGAAGCACUCUUCCACUUCUCAGCGUUGUUCGACAUGAUUGAUGCUACAAUACCCCGUGAAGAACCUGAGAGAAUGAUGUUUGAGAAAGAAAUAUUUGGAAGAUAUGCAAUGAAUGUCAUAGCCUGUGAGGGAGGGGAGAGGGUUGAAAGGCCAGAGACAUAUAAACAGUGGCAAGUUCGAAAUAUUAGGGCCGGGUUCAGGCAGCUUCCAUUAGACCAGGAGAACUUGAAGAAAGUCAUAGCUACUGUGAAAUCAAAUUACAAUAAGAACUUUGUUGUUGAUGAGGAUGGCCAGUGGAUGCUGCAGGGAUGGAAGGGGAGGAUAGUUUAUGCACUUUCAGUUUGGAAACCUGUUCACGAUUAACAUAUAUGUAAGGCUCUCAUUUUAAUUUGUUAGAAUUAGUGGAUUAUGAGCUCCCAUUACAAGUGCAAAUUCUCCCGUCUUGUCUGUUAUACUAUGUUAGCUUCAGAUUUGCCCGUGUUGCUGUUUUAUUUUACCUUUCCAGGUGAAGGACUUGCAAAGAAGAUUCUUAAUUGUAGAUCCACAAACAUUUACCUA